UUCACAUUGUAAAGAAUGUCGCUAGGCCAAUGCCUACUUCCAGGUAGGCUAAAUUCCCGCUUUGCGUAGAGUGUAGAGUAAGGGUUACGGUUAGUUCCCUUCGACAUUACACCUAGAUAGUGUUUAAGGUCAUUGACUUUUCUCGGCUUACUUGUAUCUUCCUCCAUUGCCUGAAGAGCUCAUAGUUCAUUGACUUGACUUCCUCUAUAGGAAGGAAGACUGCUCCGUGAGAAAGAGGUGUAAGAGGUUUUCCUAAGAGUAAGAUGCAGGAUUAACAAAGGUGAGCUUGGGAGCAUCUGACCAAUCAUCAUGUUUGUGGCAAAGACCAUAUCUUCUGGACACAAUGAUCUGAUUCACGAUGUGUCCUUUGACUACCAUGGCAGGCGCAUGGCCACAUGUUCGAGUGACCAGACAGUGAAGGUUUGGGAUGUGGAUGAGGAAGGAGCAUGGCAGUGCACAGCCAGCUGGAGGACUCACACGGGCUCUGUGUGGCGAGUGACCUGGGCUCACCCUGAGUUUGGCCAGGUUCUUGCCACCUGUUCCUUCGACCGCACGGCUGCAGUGUGGGAAGAGUUGAGCAGCGACGCUACAGCCAAGGGAGCUAACUCCACCAACACUUGGAUCAAACGCACAUCCCUGGUCGACAGUCGCACAUCGGUGACAGAUGUCAGGUUCGCUCCAAAACACCUGGGAUUGCAGCUGGCUACAUGCUCUGCAGACGGCAUUGUUCGGAUUUACGAAGCGGUAGAUAUCAUGAACCUCAGUAACUGGCAGCUGCAUUUUGAGUUUAACUGUAAUGUCAGUCUGAGUUGUCUUUCCUGGAAUACUUCACGAAUGCACGCUCCAAUGAUCGCAGUGGGUAGUGACGACCCCAGUCAGUCUGCAGGGGGCAAAGUUCACAUCUACGAGUACAGCGAUACUGCCAGAAAAUGGCUGAAGGUAGAGACUCUGCAUCUGAUCACAGAGCCGGUCCAUGACGUACGUUUUGCCCCCAAUCUUGGCCGCUCCUACCACCUGUUGGCUAUAGCUGCACGGGACCUCACUAUUGUCUCCAUGAAGAUCUCUGGGAAAGAGUCGGGUUCAAACCCUGGUGGAGUGAGCAAGCCGGAGCUGAGGCUGGUGGGGAGCUUUGACGAUCAUGAGUCUGUGGUGUGGCGUGUGUCCUGGAACAUCACAGGGACCAUUCUGGCCUCCUCCGGGGAUGAUGGAUGCGUACGCUUGUGGAAAGCCAAUUACUUAGACAACUGGAAAUGUCUGUCUGUGCUGAAGGCUGACAGCAAUGCCUCUGAGGCAGAAAGAGCCUCCAUGCACCAAGCCAGCAUUUCCACCACCCCUACCUCCAACAGCAUCAGAGUGGCCCCCCCUCCCGGCACCAUGAACAUCAAGCGUACGUCAGGCUGGCCCUACAUGGACAUCAAGGUGGACCAGGGAAAACUGUACUACUGACCUGACUAGUAUUGACCUGUUGUCCCUUGCAGCCCAUGGUGUCUGGUUGCCUUCUUUGUCUGUGUCAUGGUGGUGGAAGAUUAUGUGUGUGUGUGUCUGUCAGGCACCCAGUGCCUGGUUGGGGCUGUCUCUCUCCCUCCCUCUCUUUCUCUCUCUCCUCUCUGUCUCUCUCUUUCUCUCUCUCUCUCUUUCUCUCUCU